AUGGCGACCGGCGAGCGGGAGGUGGCGCCGCCUCUGUGGCCUGUGGAGGCCCGGUUGGCGGCGCUGCUUCCCGACCUGCUGGUCUUCAGGAAGCCGCGGAGAUCGAAACCCGAGCUCGCCACUGCGCAGGGUGUCCUCUUAGGCGUCCACGUGACGGGGUUUACAGCUUUAAUGGACAGGUUGAGCCUGACCUGCAAGUCGGAACAUGACAUGGACAAACUGGCCCACAUCUUCAGUUACUACAUUAGUGACAUCGUGGAGCAUGUACUGUGUUUUGGAGGGGAUAUCCUAAAUAUCACAGGGAAUGUGCUCCUGGCACUCUGGACAGUGAAACAGAAUCAACUGAGUGACAUCAUUACCUUGGUGGCAAAAUGCAGUCUGGAGAUACAAGAGAAAUUUGGGAUCUACCAUACCAGAGAAGGCCAGGACCUACAGCUAAAGAUAGGUCUGUCAGCAGGUCGGAUUUCCCAGGUUAUUGUUGGAGAUGAGCAACGGCAGUACUUCUUGGUGAUUGGGCGGGAUGUAGAUGAUGUCCAGUUAGCUCAGCGUUUGGCUCAGGCAAAUGAGAUCGUCCUGUCAUGGAACUGCUGGAAGCUCUGUGAACAGUACAUGUUUGAGGUGGAAAUCAUGAGGGAGGAUGAAGCUGUGAAGUUAAGAGAUAUGCGGAUCAUUGACCCAUUUGAUUUUGAUGAACAUUUUGACAAGUGUCUCAAUUAUCUACCACACUACCGUACAAGCACUGAGACUCUAAGAACUGCCCUGGAAUUGGAUCCAGACUCUGCACUUGAGCAAACACUACGGAAACACAUAAUGACCAAUCUUUUGAAGAAGAUUGAUGAAGGCCAACCAAUGGAGUAUGUAUCUGAACUCCGUACAGUGACUGUGGUUUUGAUCAGCCUAGAGUUCCACAAGACAACGUGGGUGUUGCAUUUGUGUCAUCUUAUUCAGGAGGCUGCUUUAUACAUCUCCACAGUCAUUGAGAAAGAGGGUGGCCAGCUGAGCCGGAUCUUUAUGUUUGAGAAAGGCUGCAUGUUCCUUUGUGUUUUCGGCCUUCCUGGGCAUAAGAAGCCAGACGAGUGUGCACAUGCCCUGGAAAGCUCCUUCCGCAUCUUCACCUUCUGCUGGGAGAAUCUUACUGAGACCAAGCUUGUUUCCAUCAGUAUCACCAAUGGACCAGUAUUUUGUGGUGUGGUUGGAGCGGUAGCAAGACAUGAAUAUACAGUUAUUGGCCCGAAAGUGAGCCUUGUGGCCAGAAUGAUUACUGCUUAUCCAGGUUUGGUGUCCUGUGAUGAGGUAACAUAUCUGAGAUCUAUGUUACCUGCUUAUAGCUUCAAGAAACUCCCAGAGAAAAUGAUGAAAAACAUCUCUAAUCCAGGAAAGAUGUAUGAAUAUCUUGGUCACAGGAGAUGUGUAAUGUUUGGGAAGAGACAUUUGGCCAGAAAGAGGAAUAAAAGUCACCCUUUGCUGGAUCGAGAGAAAGAACUGGAAGCCUUUAGAGCGGCACAGCAGGGGUGUUUACACCAGAAGAAGGGACAAGCAGUUCUGUAUGAAGGUGGAAAAGGCUGUGGGAAAAGCCAGCUAUUGGCUGAAAUAAACUUUCUGGCACAAAAGGAAGGGUACAGGGUGUUGCCAUUGGAGCUGAAGGAAGCAGAUUCCAAGCAGUGCUUCUAUGCCAUCCAGACCCUCAUGGCCAUCUUCUUUGAGAUUGACACAUGCCCAGGCUGUUACCGGCAAGAGUGCCUCCACAGACAGCUCCGUGGGAUAGUGGAAGAACCACUUCACUGCCUUUUUAAUGACCUCUUCUUUGUGAAGUUUCCCUUAUCCUUCAAAGUUUCACACAUGGAUGAUUUGGCCAGACAAAAGAAGGUGAAGUCGUGUUUUAUUCAAGUGCUUCAGGAGGCAGUGAGGGAAAUACCACUGAUUUUCCUCAUUGACGAAGCUCAGUAUAUGGAUGCAGCUUCCUGGGCAUUCUUGGGAUCAUUGCUGUCCAGUGUGCCCAUCAUCAUAUUGAUGACGUUGACCUCUACCAACACCCUUUGUUGCUGGGCCCAGCACUUCCUGCAGAGCCCUCAGGCUGUCCUUGUGCCCAUUUCGAAGUUGGCAGCAACAUCACUGUUGAGAAUGGCAUGUUGGGAACUGGGGGUGGUGAGCAUCCCCCAAGAGCUACAGACCUACCUUCUCCGCAGGUGCUUUAGAAACCCCCUCUAUUGUGAGGUCUUAUGCCAGGACCUUCUCUCUAAGGACAUUUUGCUCUUUCAUGACCUACAAAAGGAGGAGGAGGAGAACACCAAGUGGGAGACCCUGUCUGCCAAUGCAAUGAAAUCCACACUGUAUAGUAUUGUUCCUACCAGCUGUGAAGACCAGGAGUUAUAUGUCUGCACUGUCAAGGAUGAUGUGAACUUGGAUACAGUGCUUCUGCCACUGUUGUUAAAAGAAAUAGCGGUAAACCAACUGGAUCAACUGAGCUCAGAGGAACAGUUGCUGCUAAAAUGUGCGGCUGUCAUCGGUCACUCCUUCCACUUAGAUCUACUGCAGCACCUCUUGCCUGGAUGGGAUAAAAAUAAGCUGCUUCAGGUGCUGAGGGCUCUUGUGGAUAUACAUGUACUCCACUGGCUCAACAAAGACCAAGAGCUUCCUGCUGAACCCAUAUUAGUGCAGUCCUCUGUCAACAUCAUUGAUCAAACCAAAGAGAAAAAGUCAGGUGCUGGCUUAGCCUCUCUUCGCAGGCUGCAAGAGAAAUUAUUCCUACCUCCAACUGAGGUGCUAGAAUUUGGAGUGCCUCUAUUACGGGAAGCUGCCUGGGAGCUGUGGCCCAAGGAACAACAGAUAGCUCUGCACCUCGAAUGUGCCUGCUUUCUCCAGGAUUUGGCCUGCCGUUGUGGGAGCUGCUGUGGAGGAGACUUUGUCCCCUUCCAUCGUUAUGCAGUCUGUUCUACUAAGCGCUCCAGUGGGACCUCCCGAUUCUGUACUUAUAAAGAUACUGGCUCAGUGCUGACACAAGCAAUCACAGACAAAUUGCAGCCACCUUCUCCUCAAGGUAGUUUGCAGUUCCAGGAAGAAACAUCCAGAAGUCAGAAAGCCUUCUCAAGUGAACCCUGCAGAACAGAGGGAGAGUUCCUGGAUCAAGUGAACAAGAAGCUGGCUCAGACUAGCCCUGAGGAACACUUGUUGGCUAUGAAGCCCUGUCACUGUGAGAAAAUCCUGAAGUUAGUGCUGUCGCCUCUUACUCAGCACUGCUUGGUCAUUGGAGAAACCACAUGUGCAUUUUAUUACCUGCUGGAGGCUGCUGCGGCCUCCUUGGACCUGUCAGAUAAUUACAUGGCUUUCUUUUAUUUGAGGAAGGCAAGCAGUCUUCGGGGCCAACCCUCAGCAUUCUCAUUCUUGAAAAAGCACAACAUGAAGAUCUGUCAGUUUGAGGAGGCCACUUUCUGCCGUCUUCGGUCAGAGGUCUGUUUUAACAUGGGACAGAUCAGUUUGGCCAAAAAGUUGGCUAGAGAAGCCCUUCGACUGCUGAAAAGGCACUUCCCUUGGACCUGGUUUGGUGUCUUUUUCAAGACAUUCCUGGAAAAAUAUUGGUAUUCCUGUUCUCUGAGCCAACGUCCAAGCAACCCCAGUGAGAACAGUAAGAAGAAGUUGGCCGUCCUCCAGCAGCGAGUACAUUGCCUCUCUCUGCUCUGGCAGCUCUAUAGCCUUGAGGCCACAGCUAGCAACCGCAGGUUUGCCUCUCUGGCCACUCUUAUGCAGAAGAAUUCAGCUGAGGAGUUUGCAAAUGAAGCCCAGGUUGUCUCUACCUAUGUGGACCUCUCCCAGUACUCCCAGAACAUGGGCAACAGGGAUAAGUGGCUGCACUGUGAGAAGAUGGCCAUUGAGAAAAGCAGCCUGUGUUGGUUCUCCAGGGAGGGAUUGUUGGCCAUGGCCCAGCUCAUGCAAGCUUUGGCUUACACCAAGCUGUGUCUUGGCCAUCUUGAUUUCUCCAUCAAGCUGGGUUUUCAAGCUCAUGAGAUAUGCAGAAACCUCAAGAAACCAGCUCUGGAGAAUCUGGUCCUCUCCAUUCUCUUCAGAGCCGCAUUUCUGAAGAAGAAAUUUGAUCUGUGUGUCCAUGUGCUGGAGAGUCAGUGGGGCCUCAUUUCCCAAGGUCAUGAUGUGCUUGGCCUGGCUUGCUUCUAUUCUGCUUGCUUAGAUCUUCUGCUCUACGGAAAAGGAUUGCUGUGCCGGCCCUUUGGCGAGUGUCUGCAUUUCAUCCAGCACCACGAGCGCAGCUGUGUUCUGACUUCUCAGAGCAAUGUCAUGCUGGGGGUUCACUCCUCCUUGGCCAUGUGGUUUGCCCAGGACUUGCAGUGGGACUUGUUUGAAUACCACUUCUCCAAGGCUUGCCAGUUGGUGAAAAGAACCAAUGCCUCACUAUUUGGUUCACAUGGCUUUGUCCGAUUCCUAGAGUGCCGUGUGCUAAUGUUACAGAAGAUGCCAGAAGGUGUCUUCACACGCAUUUCCCCAGAGAAUCAUAGCCAAACCCUCAAGUACUUCAAGGAGUUCUUCUCUCGAUGUGUCACCUGCCCUGUCUACCACCAGUGGGUCUCUGAGCUUAAGGCCUCUGUAAUGAGAUAUGGAAAGAGAGAAUCCAUGUUCUUGACUAAUAUCAUCAGACCUUUGGACACCUGCUUGACCAAAAUUUUGAUAGAGGGAGAAUUCCUGGAAGAAAACAACACUUAUGGAAGAAAUCUAGGAUUACAGAGAUUUAACAAAGUGGCUGAUGUCAAGGAGAAUAAGGAUACAGAAGAAACUCAAGAAUGUGUAUGUUAAAGCUAACCAACAUCUGAAGGGACCAUGGUUAUUGUAUAUAGCACAAGGAAAUGCCCCAGAUUCUCCUUUUUAAGAUACUGUAUAGUGUACAUAUUGAAUAUACUAGCCUUUUACAGUCACUGCUAUCUAUAUCUUUGUCAAAAUA